AUGGAUUCUGACGUUGGCACGUCCCUUGUCAGGGGCGUCUGGGCCGCGAUGGGCAUCGCAGUGGUUAUCGUCUCUCUGCGAGUGUUUGCAAAGAUCAAGAUUCACCAGUUCCGUGUCGACGAUGUCUUGAUGAUCAUUGCUAUGAUCCUGGCCAUCAUCGCUACCGCCUUUCUGACCCUUAGCGUACAUCAUGGUUUCGGUCGAAAUCUACAAACAAUGGCGGAGGAAGGACACAUUUCCGAUGUCCAAGCCGUGCUGAAGUACAUUGCUAUCCAAGUGCCCAUCGUCACCGUCAGCACCACCCUCGCUCGUUGCUCCUUCAUUCUAUAUCUUCUAGCCAUUCUCGGAAAUAACAAGAACUACCGAUAUGCGUUGUGGGCGGUAAUGAUCUGGCAGUUCGCUGGCAAUAUCGUCUCAGCCGUUUUGCCUCUGAGCAUUUGUCGGAAUGUCAACAUUCUCUGGGACUGGACUACUGUAACCACAUGUGGCAAUACCACCGCCGUCAUCCAGUUUGCCUACUACUCCAACAGUGCAAACUCGGCCUGUGACUUGUUUCUAGCCGUCUUCCCCACUCUCAUUUUCUGGAACCUCAACCUCAAAAUGCGCGUCAAGAUCGGUGUGAUCCUCCUCCUCAGUCUGGGUCUUGUUGCCAUGAUCGCCUCCAUCGUCAAAACCACCAAACUCACCUCCGUCCCCGGUGUCACCAAUCUCGGUGCUACCGGUGGCCUCGAGCUCUUCCGCUGGGGCUACGUCGAAAACGCAAUCAUCAUCAUCACCUCGUCCGUGCCCUGCAUCCGCCCACUGAUCAUGUCAUCCGUCCGCAAAUUCUCCAGCCGCGGCUACUCGCGCUCCUACGAGCUCACAGGACCUCAAACCGGCCAACGACGUACGGGACACGACGAAACCGCACAAACCCGUCGUACUCGUGGUCGUUUCACUAACAAGAAUGACACCAUUGACGACACGGGUAGUGUUGAGCGUAUCUUGGACCCUGGUCAUGGCAAUGUCAACACUACUGUUAGCGGCCGACGUGAUUCGCCGACUCAUGAGGAGCAAGGCAUUACGAAGUUUGUUGAGAUUUCCGUUGUUUCGGGUGAUCAAUUUGAUCGACGAAACCCUUGA